UCCACGAUCUACACAACUUCACCUCCAUUUUUCUCGUUAAUUUCAUCUCUAUAAAACGAGCCGUCCUUCACUUUUCCUCGAACCAUUCGAUUUCUUCCCGAAUUUCAGAUACCAUUCUUCUUCUUCAACCAAUCCCAACUCCCCUUUCAAUUCGAUUCCGUAGUUCGCCGCAGAAAUCGAAGAUAAUCGCCACUGUUAUGCGUAAAGCUCUUGAAUCUUAUUCAUAUUCCACGAUUUGAUUUCUUAUUGUUAUGAACAUGAUUGCUUUGAUUGAUAAUUCGUCGAUGAAGGCUUCUUGUAGGCUUCUAAUUAGCUGUAGAAAUUCUAGGGUUUUUGGAUUCUCACCUGCAAAAGCCCUAAAUACUUCGCCUCAUAAUUCUUGUUUGAACUUUUGCUUCAAAUUUCAUUCUAUUAGGCAAUAUAGUUCUUACCCUUUUCAUUUCUCGAGGUCUCAACGGAUUCUAGAUGGAACCCAGAAUUCUUCUGUGGUUAGCUUAAGUUAUGGCCAAUCUAGGGUAAUUAUGAGGUCUUAUAGCUAUAGUAUACUCCCUAAACCCAAAAGGGGUUUGUCUAUAAUUGCUAGAAUUGCGUCGAAUGUUCGUGAUUUUUCGAGGUCGAUUGAGAAACAUGUGAAUGACAAUAACUUUGAGAAGAUAUAUGUUCAGGGUGGUUUGAAUGUGAAGCCUCUGGUUGUUGAAAAGAUUGAUAAGGAUGAGAAUAUUGUAGGAGAGGAAGAUUCUAGGAUAGAAAUUGUUAGUGAAGAUGUAAAUGAGGAGAACUUAGAGGGUUUGAACAACGCUAAGGUCGUUAGUUCGACAAGAGAGAAGUCUGAUAUUGAGAAAGAGGCUUGGAGGUUGCUACGUGACGUUGUCGUGUCGUAUUGUGGAAGUCCGGUUGGGACCAUGGCUGCAAAUGAUCCGGCCGAUAAGCAACCAUUGAAUUAUGAUCAGGUCUUCAUUCGAGACUUUGUUCCCUCUGCUCUCGCGUUCUUGCUGAAUAAUGAAGGGGAGAUUGUGAAGAACUUUCUCCUUCAUACCUUACAGUUACAGAGCUGGGAGAAAACAGUAGAUUGUUACAGUCCAGGACAGGGCUUGAUGCCUGCAAGCUUCAAAGUCCGAACCGUUCCCCUUGAUGGCGAUAAUUUUGAAGAAGUUUUGGAUCCAGAUUUCGGUGAAUCAGCCAUAGGCCGUGUGGCACCAGUCGAUUCAGGAUUAUGGUGGAUCAUCCUUUUACGGGCGUACGGAAAAAUCACCGGGGACUAUGCUCUACAAGAAAGGGUGGAUGUCCAAACUGGCUUGAAAAUGAUACUUAACCUCUGUCUAACAGAUGGGUUCGACAUGUUCCCUUCGCUGUUGGUCACUGAUGGUUCCUGCAUGAUCGAUCGUCGAAUGGGCAUUCAUGGCCAUCCCCUUGAAAUACAAGCCUUGUUUUAUUCAGCUUUAAGGUGUUCUCGCGAAAUGCUCACCGUGAAUGACGGGUCGAAGAACUUGGUGAGGGCCAUUAACAAUCGACUAAGUGCUCUAUCGUUCCAUAUCAGAGAAUAUUAUUGGGUCGAUAUGAAGAAGAUCAACGAGAUCUAUCGUUAUAAGACCGAAGAAUACUCCAUGGAUGCUACUAACAAAUUCAACAUCUAUCCCGAACAAAUUCCUCAGUGGCUAAUGGACUGGGUACCAGAGGAAGGAGGUUAUUUCAUUGGCAAUCUCCAACCAGCUCAUAUGGAUUUUCGGUUUUUUACACUCGGAAAUCUUUGGUCCAUCGUUUCGUCUUUGGGUACACCGAAACAAAAUGAAGCUAUUCUAAAUCUCAUUGAUGCUAAAUGGAGUGAUCUUGUGGGUCAUAUGCCUCUUAAGAUAUGUUACCCUGCUUUGGAGUACGAGGAAUGGCGCAUAAUCACCGGCAGUGACCCGAAAAACACCCCGUGGUCAUACCAUAAUGGAGGAUCGUGGCCAACACUUCUUUGGCAGUUCACACUCGCAUGCAUCAAGAUGGGCAGACUCGAAAUGGCCAAGAAAGCAGUGGCUGUGGCUGAGAAGAGAAUUGCAGUCGACCGCUGGCCUGAAUAUUACGACACCCGAACAGGAAAGUUCAUCGGAAAGCAAUCCCGACUCUAUCAAACAUGGACAAUUGCUGGUUUCCUGACAUCAAAAAUGCUGGUUGAGAAUCCAGAGCUCGCAUCAUCUUUGUUCUGGGAGGAGGAUUACGAGCUUCUUGAGAUAUGCGUUUGCGCACUUAGCAAGUCGGGUAGGAAGAAAUGCUCUCGCGGUGCUGCUCGGUCACAGAUCCUUGUCUAAGGUAACCUCAUUCUUUCAAGAACGAGAUCGUCUUCGAUUAAUAUACUGUACAGCUAUAGGUUAGAGCAAAUGAUUAUAAGAGUUAGUUCAAAGUUCUAAAGGAUUGCAGAAACUUGAAAGCUUGCCUGUUUUGCAAGCUGAUUCUGUCAGCCAAUCAAUCAUAUAGAUUUAUUUUAGAACUGAGACAACCUGAAUAUUGAUCUGUGGGUUCUCUCUGAACAUCUUCCUGUACAUUAUUUCACAUAAUAUAUUCCCGGUUUGUUGACA